CUACUAACUGCUUAAUCUCCCGUCACUCUUUUUUCUAUCGUAUAAACUGGGGUAGUGUCCAUUCUUUUCUCUACCCAUUCUUCGCGACAAGGUGCUUAUUUGCGCGUCCUUUCUUUUUCUUCCUCACCUUCCGGAUCUCUUCGCUAGUUAGCUUCGUUCCUGAGAGUACUGUCGUCAUAAUUCAAGAUGCGCAUUUCCAACAUCCUUCCCAUUGCCCUCGCGGCAGCGCCAGUGGCCGUUUCGGCUGCCGGUACUCUCGGUCUCGCUCUAGGAGACAAGAACCCCGACGGAUCGUGCAAGCAGACCAGCGACUAUGAGGCCGACUUUGACCAGCUGAAGUCCGUGACCAAGCUGGUCCGCACAUACUCUGCCAGUGACUGCAACACGGCGAAGAACAUUAUUCCCGCCGCCAAGGCCAAGGGUUUCAAGGUUGUUCUAGGUGUCUGGCCGGACUACGAUCAGUCGUUCAAGCAAGAUACCGAUGCCCUACAGGCUACCGUCCCUGGAAACGAAGAUGUCGUGGAGGCCAUCACUGUCGGUUCUGAGACGCUCUACCGUGGCACCUUCACUGGCCAGCAGCUUCUCGACAGAAUCAACAAGGUCAAGGCCAUGUUCCCGACAGUCAAGAUUGGAACUGCCGACAGCUGGAACAAGUUCGUCGACGGCACUGCUGAUCCUCUGAUUACCGGAGGUGUUGAGUACAUCCUCACCAACGCCUUCGCCUACUGGCAGGGUCAGCCCGCUGAGGAUGCGCACAAGACUUACUUCGACGACAUGGCUCAGACCAUCAACCACAUCCAGAAGCUUGCCGGUGAAAACGCCAACAAGAUCCAGAUCAUUACUGGUGAGACUGGCUGGCCGACUACGGGCGGCUCGAACUAUGGCCAGGCUAUCGCCGGUACCGAAAACGCGGAGACUUUCUUCCAGAAGGGCGUCUGCGGCAUGCUUGCCUGGGGAGUGGACGUCUUCUACUUCGAGGCCUACGACGAGCCCUGGAAGCCCAAGAGCGUUGGUGACGACGGUUCCUCUGCUGACGAGACCCACUGGGGUAUGUUCACGGCUGAGCGCCAGACCAAGUUCAACACCACGUGCUAGCGGUGAGCUGGCACUGUUGGAUCGACUUUUGUAUAUUGUCAGCUUCAUUAGUUUCAUCAGUAGCAGAUGGUAGAAUAGAUCUGCGACAUAUACAUGAAUAUAUCUAUAGAACACACCAUGUCUCCUGCGGGGAUCCUUCUGCAUAUGCCUCUAGCGUGCAUGUCGGUUAGUAGCGCUUGACGAUUUUCUGGUAUCCCGCACAUGGUGAGCUCCAGUGGCUCUAGCCUCGCAAUCUCGUCAGAUAGUCAGAGUGCAUGAUGAAUCCUCCGUCGAACAAAACACGUCAUGUAAUCUCCAAAUUGUCGGUAUUGGAUCUGAGCUCAGAUCUAAGCUCAAGAUAUCCAGCUGCGCGAGUCGAUUGAUGACAAGCGUCACUGAGUGAUGAGGUGAAGAGGUGAUGAGACAGUAGU